CCGACCACAGUGUUAUUCCCGCGUUGUGCUUAGAAACCAAAAAAAACAAAGGAAAAGUCGGAAGUAACUUAAUAGUUUUUACAGACAAGAAUUCUCAAAUCAUGGAUGUAGUGGAAUUUCUCAAUCGAACCGAUCGUCGCAAUCUCAAAUCCCAAAUAGGAUUCCAGGUGGCUCGAAAGAUGCGCGAAUGGUAUGAGGAUGUAGAUAAUCGACGAUGGAAUCUUAGUCUCUUACUGCAAAAAGAGGCCUUGGAUGCGGAUGAGAAGAUUGCAGAGAUGCUCCAAGAGCAAGCAGAUGAGGCGGAUCGAAGGCGACACGAGUGGAUCGAAAUGGAGCGACUGAAACGAGAGGAGGCGGAAAAGGAACUGGUCAAAGUCAAGAACCAGCAGAGGGAAAUUGAAAACUCCGAGGCCCAUCGUCAUAUGCUGACCAAGGAGAUCCUCUUGGAAACCAAACAAGCUCAACUCCAUCAAAUCGAGGAGAAAAAGGCUCUUAAACGUCGACAAGCCUGUGUAGAAGUCCUUUGGCAGCGAGUGUGGCAGCGUUUGGAUGAAAGUAAAGCGCAACAGGAGAAAUAUGAGUUGCAGCUAAGGAACUUGAUAGAGAAUAGGUGCCAGGCUCAAAAUCUGGAGAACGAUCGGGAGCAGAAGGCCCAGUUUGCCAAGGAGGUGUUCGCAGAGAAACGGCAAUGUUCCCAGGCCUUGGAAAUCGCUGCUGAAAUGGAUGUCGUGAAGAAACAACAGGACCUCAAGAAAGUAAAAGACAAACGCCGCCAGCAGCUCACUGACUUGCAGGAUCAGAUCAAACAGAAUUUGGUGAUCACCGCCAAACAAGCGCAGGCCAACAUUCGUGAAGAUUUGGGGUACAAUAUACUUGAAGAUCGGCAGAUUUAUGAAGAACUCAUGGCGAAGCGAUGUGCCAGGACUCACAAUCGUGAUUGGCACCAGCAGUAUAUGACACAUACGGCAGCGGAGCGUGCUGCCCGUAAGGAUGAAGAUCUCCAAAGAGAUCGGAAAUACCUGGGCACUGGGUGUGUGCUCAGCCAGCAGCAGAAGCAACCAUAUGGUAAGGAAGUGCGUUAAAACAAGUGGACUCAUCAUCACCAUCGAUCGAUGGCUGCACUCAUGUCACGGCUCAUAUUUGGAUACCCAUAUUGCAAUUAUAUUUAUGACUGAUAUAAAUCAGACGAUGGCCAGCGAUAAGGAAAACCGUAUCACGCACGGCGGGCAUAAAGCCCGUGAUAAUGCCCACCAUCAACGUCACCCAUG